AUGAGACAAGACCUUCACAUCUUGAUAUGUUGGAUAUGCCAAGUAUUAUCAAUAACCUCAAGCAUCUAUCUAGGACAUUGGUGUUUCAUCGUAUAUGCUCUUUUUGCCUUGGAUUUUAAUGUGAUUAACAUUGUUCGCCUCAGAGGGUAGCCUACAUGUAUCUAGAAAUAAGGAUUUGAGGAUUCAAUUUACAUGUGAUGGAUUUGUAAGCGGCUUUUAUUCAACAUUAAUUUAGUCAAUUUUCUUGUUUAAUACGAAGUUUUCUGGAAUAGACUGUGAGGGAUUGCUUGGAAUUUUGUUUAAAUGGUACGCGUUUAUAAGUCUUCAUUAAAUCCUCUCAGCCUGUGGAUGAAUGCGUUAACUCUGGGUAUCAACAACGUUUCAGUUACAUGACUUCAGCAGCCCCCAACAUGGCUUCUGAAGUUUUGGUCAGCUCUACAACAAGGCCAGAGCCCAGAUGCGUCGGUUACCUGUGCCUAACCGAAAGCCAAAUCAUAGGCUUCUUUGUCUUUGAUAUUGUAAUAGCUGUGGUCAUACUGAUUGGCAAUACACUGGUCAUACUCAGUGUCGCCAGGACGCCCUCACUUCGCUCUCAGAACAACAUCUUUCUGGCCAGUCUAGCCGUGGUCGAUUUCCUGCUCGCUACCAUCUGCAUACCUCUCGACAUCGUCGUCGGAUUGGGGUUCAAGCCCGACGUCUCGCCGUGGGCCUGCUUAACCUUGAGCGCCGUCAUCGGCACCAUGGUGUUUCUCACCAUCUUGCACAUCACCGUGGUUGCCUUUGAUCGAUUUCUCGCCAUCACAUCGCCGUUCACGUACCAGCAGACGAUGACGAACGGUCGGGUAGCAUGUUUUAUCGCUGGCAUUUGGUUGAUAACCUUGGUGCUUAGCUCCACCGCUUUCGCGUGGAAUAACGUUCAUGAAUUCUACUACACCGCCUGCGAUCUCCUCUACAUCCAGGGCAAGGGAUAUCGUAUCAUGAUCGUCGUGCUCAUCAUGUUUGUACCGCUUACGCUGAUGUCCUAUUGGUACUUUCGCAUCUACCGCGUCGCCCGUAGUCAUCGACGUCGGAUAGCCGCGCUCGAGCGCGUUCUUGAAACAAAAGCAUUCGCUCGGGCCAAAUACGCUUCAACGCUAAAAAAAGACUUGAAAGCCGCCGUCACGCUUAUGCUCGUAUUCGGCCUCUUCAUCAUCGGAUGGCUGCCGGCAUCGUUUAUGACCAUUAUUGACGUCAUCGUCCCCGACGUCCGUCUAGACGAGAUAUACAUCUACGAGCUCAUCUGUUUCAAAAUCGCCUUCUCGAAUAGUGCAAUUAACCCGAUGAUUUAUGCGGCGAGGAGCAUGGAUUUUCGGCGGGCAUUUGCUCGACAGCUAGGCCUGGUUUUCAGGUGUGCAUGUUGGACCAAACUGACUUCAAAAAGGCCUGAUUCCAGAGUAACUGACAUCAAUCGAGAAGUUUCUGCUACCACACUUUCGUCGACGGUUAGACUGAAUUAAAGCAAAACACAACACAACAUAAUGAUUCACAUGUGUAUUCUUAUUCUUAUCUUGCCUACAUUUUGAAUUGAUAUCGUACAUUUCCAAGAUGGCGGCGACCAGUGCAAUUUUGGCGCCAACUGAUUCUGUAAGGAAUGAUGAUGAUUUAGUGGAGAAGAUUACCUCCAACAAUGUCUUUCUAAAAGCUAUAAAUGACAUCAUCAAAAGCUCUUGUCAAAAGGAAUUUGUAUCCCUUCUAGACACAAUUGAAAAGCUAGAAGAGCUUGAGUCAUCCAUUGUUGAUAAAGACCUAAAGAUCAAUCACCUCACUCUGAAAGCUGAACAAAAAUCAUCAAAGAUCAGUGCCCUGAUGCGGACCUGCAACGAUCAAGAACAAUACUCGCAAAGGAAUUGUGUUCGCUUGUUCGGCGUUCCCGAGAAUAAGAUACUACGGCUAUUGUGUGCAAGAUCGCAGAGGAAAAGCUUG